AUGCGGAGUUCAAGAGAAGGAGCGACAGCACUGUGUGUUACUACGAAGCAGAAAAGGAGACGCUCAAAAUCUGCCGAGAGUCGCAUCAAGGAGUCUUCGUCCGCAAUCCUCGUGUUCGAUGGUUAUAGAGAGAAAGAGGGUUACUCCAUGGUCAAGACUGCGGCUCAACUGUGGGCAGGAUCAGGAUCGAAAAAAGGCCAGCGAACCGUGAUUAUUCUUUCCUCCUAUGCCCAUGCCUUGAGCUUUAGAUUAGAAGAGAAAACGGAUGCGGAUACAAGAAAGGAAGAAUAUCUGAUGCAUUCGUGGCCUAAAGAAGUGUAUAUCGAUUCUUUAGAUCCAUUAAAGUGCGGAAGAGAGGACCCAGAUUUUGGCCAACUAGUUUUAAAGAGGCGCAAAGUGGAAAGUACUCCAAGCGAUAGUAACGCUGAGGCACCAGAAGACGCCGACAAGGAGACCGACCCGAAUAGCACAGCCACCGCCCUGGCUACUACGCCGACCACCAGGGCCCUCGGCCAGGCCUCAGCACCCACCGCCCUGGCUACUACACUGACCACUGGAGCCCUCACCCAUCUGAGCGAGGAAGAUCUGGAAGAUAUUGAUGAAAAGUUCUACUACGGAGGAGGCAGUGCUCGCUUUUUCUAUGGCUUCACCAUACCACAAAUCAAAAAUGAAAUCUGGAAAGCUGUAGAAAAGCUCGACAAGAAAAACAUAGGGGAGGUGCUUGCAAGAGGAAGUCAGCACCAAGAAGCACGUCAUCGCCUUCUCGCCUUCUUUAAAGAUGAUUCUGAUCGUGGCGUCAGGAAGGAAGUUGUGAGCCAGUAUGCUGUGAAAGCACUAGUGGAGCACAGUGGUGUGCAUGCUUUCCCUUUUCUUUAUCAGAUGGCAGACGGAAACCCUUCUUUCGAGGGGUGGGUCUUUGAGGCUGACUUUUUCUUUCAGUAUGGCGAGGCCAGCAAGAAACAUCAAGAUUUUGUUCUGACAGUGGAGAGUGGAGGAUCUAUCAGGCUGAAAUCUGGAGAAUCAAUCGCCUUCGAUCACAAAGGUAUGCUACACAAGAAAGCACUGGCGGAGGGAAAAGUUGAUUUGCUUAACUACCGAAAGGUCCAGCAGCAAUGCAAAGAGUUUGGGCUUGGAGGAAAGGGCUCAGAAAUCAAGCUCCGUCAAAUGCUACAAGUGCACUUCAAGGGGCGCUGCACAGGUGUCCGAAAUGAACUCCAAAACUACUUUAUGGGAGGCUUGUCGAAGAUGUGGAAGCCUAAGAAAUGGAACCAAGGAGGGUACGACGCGUUCUAUGUCUUUGCUGAUUCAAAAGCGAAGGCGAAGGAUACGGGCAUGGUCAACAUUUGGUUCUUUCAGGUGACGAGAGGUUCUUCCUACGGGCUGAAGCUGAAGUUCUUUGUCGAGGUUGUGGAGCUGUUUCGUGCUGCAGGGCUGAAUGUGUCGGACUGUGAAGUAUUUUUUGUUAUCCCGGAGGGCAACAGCACCCAAGUGUCAAGUGUUACCCCCCAUGGGACAAUGUUUAAUGAUGAAUUCGGUUGGGCAAGAGGCCAAGAAGCAGAGCAUGUUCGUGUUGUAAGGAUGAAGAAGACAACAGUGACGGCCUAA